AUGCUGGUCGUCGGCAGUGUGACGUACUCUCUCCUGGCCAACAUCCUUUCCUGGCUUCCGAACUUCUCGGUCAUUCUAGCCCUUCGCUUCUGGAUGGGCCUGAUGCACCCGACGUCGAUCCACGCAGGAUACACACUGGCCAUGGAGGUGAACCAACCCAAGCACAGGGCAGCCACCGGCAUCCUCAUCUUCCUUCCGUGGGCCUUCUGCGACAUCGCCCUCGGAGGGUACGGCUACCUCCUGCGGGACUGGCGCUGGCUCAGCUUCACGCUCUCUCUGCCUGCCCUACUCUUCCUGCCGGCGCUCUGGUUCAUCGACGAGUCGCCGCGCUGGCUGAUCGUGCGCGGCCGCUACGACGACGCGAUGCUCGUCCUCCGCAGAGCAGAGCGCUUGAACAAGGUCGAGUUGCCGCCCGAGGAGGAGCUUCGUACCCUUAUGGAGUACAUCAAGAAUGAGGCUCUAGUCGAAGGCAGAGCAGGCGAAGCUUCUACUCCAGGCUUUAUCAACGCCUUAAAGGUUAUAGCAAAAGAAGUUACGGUACUAGUUAAAACGAGGAGAAUGCGCAGUAUUACGCUUUCGUUCUACGCGCAGUUCGUCGUACUUGGAAUGGUCUACUACGGCAUCUCAUUCGGCGCCGACAAGCUGGGCGUAAACCCGUUCGUGUACAUGGCGGUGAAUGGUGUGGUGGAGAUCCCUUCCGGCACCGUAACCAUCCCUCUGGUGGACAGGCUGGGAAGGAGGUUGUCGUGCACGCUGUCCUUCGUGAUCACCCGGCUCGCUCAUGUCCUCGGAUUCAUCCCAUCAGGAUUGAAUUGGCUCGUAAUCAUGAUGGCCUUGAUGGGCAAACUGGGCAUCUCGAUAGCAUACCAGGUCGUGUUCCUUUACGCCUGCGAGCUCUUCCCGACCGAGGUGCGCGUGCGUGGACUCGGAACCUCGACCAUUCUGGCGAAGGCGGGAGCGAUGGUAGCCCCCUUUAUCCUGGAAAUUCUGGGCAAUGUGAAGUCGUGGCUGCCGCUGGUGCUCUUCGGCGUCGCGGCGUUCCUGGCUGGCGUGGUCACGUUCUGGCUGCCCGAGUCGCUCACGGCGCCCAUGAUGGACACCGUGGCUGAGCUGGAGGCCGCGUAUGGGGCCAAGGACACCAGGGACGCCACAGAUGAGCAUCAAAUGGAGCAGCCAAACGAAACUACCAGAGAGCAGGCCUAAAGGCGAUGGCCAGAGUCAGGAAAUAACUUUCAAUUUGUGUUUUUAAACCUGUUGUAUUUUGAUAUAUGAAGAAUUUAACCAACUUCGAUUUUUAUGACAAGUAAUUUUGGCGACAUCAUACCGCGUAACAUUCGAC